GAACCACAGAGGCAGGACCUGAGCGCUCGGCAUAUCACAGAUUUGGCUCAGUGUUGAUGAAGACAUGCUUUUGAGGCUGAUUAGAGUUGUGUGGUGCAGUUUCCUUGCUCGGUGGCAUAAUGUUUUUGUUUUGAGAAUGAAGAAGUGAAUCAUCUGUCAUUGCAGUCAUGGCUGUCCAGGCUAGCGUACAGGCAUGGCUUGGUGAGAAGUUUGAUGCUCCGUUGCUGAGCCCUCGUAGCCCAUUAGCACAGCGGCACGGCCCUGGCCUUGCCAACGUCUUUCAUUAUGACCAGUGGCUAGCAGUGCGACAUGAGGCCACCCUGGUGCCCAUGCAGGAGGAUCUGGCCAUUUGGCUCACUGGCAUGCUGGGAGAGGAGGUGAGAGCUGAGUUUUUCAUGGAGGAGCUGAAUAAUGGUGUGAAGCUCUGCCAGCUUAUCGGUGUACUGCAGACCAAGAUCGCCCAGAGCUACCCCUCUGCAGUCACCAAGCUCUUCCCCACAAGAAAGGUUGCAUGUAAGCAGGAUGCCUCCCCGGGUUCCUUCUUUGCCCGGGACAACACAGCCAACUUCCUGGCCUGGUGUCGACACAUUGGUGUAGAGGAGACCUAUCUGUUUGAGUCGGAGGGCCUUGUUCUGCACAAGGAGCCUCGACAGGUUUGUCUCUGUCUGCUGGAGAUCGGCCGCAUUGUCUCCAAGUAUGGCGUGGAGCCUCCAGUGCUGGUGAAGCUGGAGAAGGAGAUCGAGCUUGAAGAGUCUCUGCUGAUGACAGAGGAGCUACCUCCAGCUGUCAAAACGUUCAGCGUGUGUUGCCAGCAUGAUGGCCUGUACCAGUCUGGGGAGCACAGCAUGGAAGACCUGCCCUGCAACUGCUCCAACAGAGUUUCCAUUGAGUACCUGUCUGAGGGCCGCUACAGACUGGGAGACAAGACGAUCUUUAUUCGAAUGCUUCAUGGUAAACAUGUAAUGGUGCGUGUAGGUGGAGGCUGGGACACUCUGCGCGGUUUCCUGAUGAAAUAUGAUCCUCUUCGAGCGCUGCAGUUCACCACACUGGAGCAGAAGAUCCUGGCCUUCCAGAAAGGCCCCCCUGGCCUGGGAGGUCACCAUAGCAAUGCAGCUCCACCUCCUCCUCCUAACAUGGACCUGCUCACUGCUGUCAAUGACCUCAUCUCCUCCCCUUCAUCCUCUUCCACCUCUUCAUCUACUUCCUCCAGCUCUCUCUGUAAGCCAUAUGUGACUGCUGCAGGUCCGAUGUGUCGGUUGCACACUGCCUCCCCAGCCUGCACACCCACGCUGCCCAGAACGGGUGCUGCCAGAGCAACCAAGAAGAACUUCCAGAAGGUGCCUUCCUCUCCCAGGAAGCCUACCCAGCUGCCCCUGCCCAUUAAUACCAAAGGCUCCUCCUCUCUGCCCUCUAGGCCUGUAGGAAGCUCUUCCAAACAGUCUCCCAGUCCAGGAUGUCAGGUUGUGCAGGCCCAGAGCAGAGCUCUGAUUCCAUCAGCAGCUCCAUCAGUUGACCCUGGAGAUCCCAAUUCUGCCUCCAAACUGAAGGUCAGACCUUCACCAUGUAAAACCACCUCUCAGCCUAGGAGCCCUGUCUGCCCUGAGCCAUCUUCUAAAUGCCUCAAACCCUCCAGCCCCUGCACCUCACCCACCACUACCUCUGUGCCUCACCCUAUACAGGGACCCACCCCUAAAGAUGCACGGACGCCACUGGGUGCCAACCAGCACUCUCGCCUUGCACAGUACCGCCCCGGCUCCCCAGCCUCGCGUCUCCGUCUAGAGGCAGCCAGGAGAGCGCGUAUGGCCAGGGUUGCAGUGAACCCUACUCCAAGAGCGACAACACCACAGUCCCGGACCCCCACCCCCAGCUCCUUGGCGCUGUCAAAAACUGCCAAAGUUGCUGAUGCUGCCCCACCACAAGGUACUUCUGUCCACGGGCAGCUCCCAGGGAGAAACCUGGGCCCUCCUCCCGCUAGAAAAGCUAAUCAGAAAACACAAUUCUCAGCACAGAGGGUUGGGCAGAAAGCAGUCACGACUAACCCUAUCAAUGGAAAGUCAACUCUAAAACCUGAACCGGCUCCAUCUCGAGCUGUGGCCCCCAAAAAAAUGAGCCCUGGCACUGAACUGGUACUCGGCAUCAGUAAAAAGAUCCCUCAGUGCAAGGGCAAAAAUGAAGACCCUUAUUUUGAAAUGAACACUAAGAAGAGGCAGAAGACUUAAGGGGUCGAUCUCUGAAGACUGUUGUCACUAACCCUAAAAAAACAACCUUAUUUAAGCAUUUGUCUGGAAACUUGUUUUUAUGUUAAAUUUUUUUUUUUUAUUCAAAAGGGUCAAAGAUAUGCUUUUUAUUUCAUCUGUGAUUAAUUAAUGGUCUCUUAUUUGAGAGUUCUGCUCCAUAUACCUUGAUUAACACUAAAACUUGCACAAUGUUUAGUUUCACUUUCUUUACAUGCACAGCCAUUACUAAUUGUCUGAACUGGUUUUUAAAGAAUGAAGGAUAGACUUUCAUAGAAAAAUUGUGUUCAAACAUUGACCUUCAAAGCUUUUUAGCUCAGCAAAAGGUCACAGGAAUGCAGCCAUGAUUUAGGAAAAUGCACUUAGGUGAACAUUUGCAGGAGAAAGAUCUUUUUCUUCAAGGCAAGGCAGCUUCUGUGUCCAGUUUUAUUCAGCAUGUUGCCAAAGCUUUUUGGAACCUCAGUAAUACAACUGGAACAUGACUCAUGGGUUCUGAUGAACUGUUUCUCCAGUGAGAACACUUUUUCCACUGGUGGAUGACCAGGCACAACACUUGUCUGAUUAAUUUCAUAUAAACUGUAUAUGGGGUUCAUCUUGAUGAAUAGUCCUUCCUAUUGUGUGCCUUCAUCAGAAAUCUCUCAUCUAUAGAGGUAUUAAAAUGUAGGCAUGAUGGGUUGGUGGUGAUGAGGAAUGGGGGGGUCGGGGGGCAUGGUUUUUACUGAUUUAAAAUUGCACAAACGUGUACAAGCACUCAUGAUUUAGGUUUCUCAGAAAAGCCUGAGUCUCAGAUGAACUACUGAUCAAAUGCCUCUGCUUUUUAGCUGAAAACAUAGCAGCCAGAGUCCUUUUAGAGGAGAAUCUACUUGGUAUUAGCUAUUUUUUAUAUGGAUUCAAGUUUUUGUAUAUAAAAAGAAUCCAGUUUUCUGUGUGUGUGUAUAAAGAACAUGCAUUAUCAGCGAGGCUUCUUUUUCUUGGUUGGCACUUUACAGAAAUCCAUGUUUGUUACAAUUUUGAAUGUUGAUUCUGUCAGUUGUCUCUUGUUCCAGCAGUCUUCUGCCAUUUUAAUUAAUAAAUGAACAUGUGUUUCAAAGACA